AUGGAAUCAAAUGUAGAUGUAAAUGUAGAUGAGUUACAGGAUGACGUAUUCGAGUAUGCCGGGAUUGUGGAGAUAUCCAUAGGCGAUGCAUUGAAGAGUGAUGAGCGUGAAGAAUGGAAAGAUACGAUAUUCUCGGAGAUAAAAAGUUUGGUCAAAAGCGAUAUGUUCAAAAUCAUUAAAAGGUCAAAAGUUUGGUCAAAAGCGAUAUGUUCAAAAUCAUUAAAAGGUAAUGAUGAUAACUUGGUAGUCAAUUUGUACAAACAAGCUGAGACCAGUGAAGUAAAAAAAAGGCCAACCAGGCUUGUGGCCAAAGGAUACAGACAGAAAUAUGGCGUUGACUAUCAAACCUUUGCGCCAGUCGUUAGACUACAAACAAUCAGAUUGUUGUGCGCGCUUGGAGUUGAGCUUGAAUAUACAUCAGAUAAAGUAGCUAAAUGGCAUCACCAUGUGCCAAGCGAGUUAUAUCAAGGACUGCUGAAAUGGUUUGAGAAUUUUAAUCCUGUGAACACUCCGAUUGAAGUUGGAUGCAAGCUAAAAGUUAGAGAUAUCAAGGACGAUGAAGAGCAAGAUAUUCAGAUGCAGAAUAGGGAGAAUGUAAGAUCGAUAGAUGAUCUUUCUCCGGAUACAUCUUUCUCCUUGGAGGCGCUGGAACUUCCUGGAAAUCAAAACAGCAAAUCAUUGCGUUAUCGUCCACAGAAGCUGAAUACAUGGGGAUAUCAGAAGCAGCAAAGGAAGCUAUAUACUUCACAAGAAUCCUUGACGAACUUAAGCUGA